AUGAUUUUUGGUACCACUCUACCGGUUCUCUCCUUCGCUGCCGCAAGUUUGGCUGGCGUGUCAUCGGCGGAAGCUUCUCUAUACAGCAAGCGCCUAUCGAAGCGAUUUAUUGAUGCUGAUGGCAAUUAUAACAUUUCAUUUUACCACGUCAACGACGUGCAUGCACAUUUGGACCAGUACGCUGCUUCAGGCACCGACUGCACCAACCCGUCGAAAGGAUGCUACGGUGGAUACGCUCGUAUCAAAACCAUCAUUGACAGCACAAGGCCGCAACAUCCUGACAGCUUAUGGUUGAAUGUGGGAGAUGAGUUCCAGGGAACUCUCUUUUACACAUAUUACGGAGGGGAGAAAAUCGCUGAGACCAUGAAUCAGCUAGGGUUCGAUGCGAUGACAUUGGGGAACCACGAAUUUGACGGCGGUGAUGAGCCGCUAGGCGACUUUCUCAAGAAUUUGUCCUUUCCCAUCGUGUCCGCGAACAUUGUGUCGGAUAAUGAGAAGCUGAAUUCGACGAUAAAGCCGUACCACAUCUUCGAGAAGUAUCAGCUAGCAGUUAUUGGUGUGACAACCGAGACGACGGCGGACAUCAGCAAUCCCGGCAACAGCACAAAGUUCACGGAUGCCAUUGCCGCCGUACAGGGCUCCAUCGACAAGAUCCGAAGCACGACAAACAUUACCCGUAUCGCCGCCAUUACUCACAUUGGGUACGAAGAAGACAAACGCCUAGCCCAAGAAACUACAGGUCUUCAACUCAUCAUGGGCGGCCAUAGCCACACUCUCCUUGGAGACAUGGAGGGCGCCGAAGGCAAGUACCCUACUAUCGAGAAGAACAAAGAUGGUGAUGAGGUUUUCAUCGUCACUGCUUACCGAUGGGGCGAGUACCUGGGCUACAUUGAUGUUACGUACGAUCCAGAGGGUAAGAUUCUUGCCUAUCACGGUGCUCCGGUGCAUAUAACGAAUGCCACCAAACAAGACGCGGGGUUACAAGCGCAGAUCGAUGAGUGGAGAGGCCCCUUUGAAGAAUUCGCUGCCGAGAAAAUCGGGGUCACCAAUAUCGUAUUAGACGGUAGUUGUCAGAAGAAGGAAUGUACUUUGGGGGAUCUUGUCUGCGACGCAAUGUUGCAAUAUCGCACCAACAAUGGCAGCAAUGUGGCGUUUGCCCUUGUGAACGCCGGAGGUAUCCGUGCCACGAUCGACGCGGGGCCAAUCACCCGUGGACAAUUAUUGACAUCGUUUCCCUUCGGCAAUGCCGUCGUCGAGGUCAAAUAUAGCGGUGCGGACCUGUGGAAGAUCUUUGAGGGUGUCGUGAGUGGUGUCAAUCAGUUCAAUCAGCGAAAUGUUACAAGCUUUUUCCAGGUCAGUCAGGGUGUCAAAGUCGAGUAUAACCCCGACAAUCCCGUUGGCGAGCGACUGGUACAUUUGAAUAUCGGCAACACCCCUGUUGAUGCAACGGCUGAAUACACAAUUGUGACCGUCGAUUUUCUUACAGGCGGAGGUGAUAACAUUCUCGAGCCAGUUAACAACACAAUCACGUUAGACACUGUAGCGGAGGUUCUGGUGGAACAUAUUCAAAAGACUACUCCGAUUGACUUUCAGCUAGACGGCCGCAUAGCUAUUGUGGAGGGCAACGCGACUACGGCUGACGCAGAAACACCAAGCGAGACUCCAAGCGGGACUACGAAACGAAGUGGCCUACUCUCGGGAGUGUACAUCUUCGCACUCACGGUCUUUGUCACUAUUGUGGUCUCCUAA